GAUAUAUAGUAAGGUAAGUUAUUUUUUUCAAAAAAUUGAUUUAAUAGAAAUUGAAUUAAUUGAAGGGAAUUAUAUAACUCCAUACCCAUCAAGGCAACAACAAAUAAAGCAAUUUCCUUUCUAAAAAUUUUUGCUUUUUAAAGCUCACCCUCCAUAAUUCCCACUCAUUAUCUUUGCUCCUUAAAGCUUCCUCCCUUCCUUAUCUCCUCUCUCUCUCUCUCUCUCUCUCUUCAAUUCUUCUUCAAUUCCCUCCUACCUUACCUCACUCACUCAUCACCUCCAAUUCUCAAACAAAACCACUUGUAUUAUGACAUAGAAAGAGUAAGAUAUAGAUAUAUGAAUAAAUAUAAUAUUUUUUAUAUUUAUAAUCUAAGAGAUCCCAUUAGUCCCACCAUUUGUAUAGGAAUUAUACUAUAACCCCUUCUCUUCUUAUUAGGGUAUUACCACCCAAAAAAAAAAAAGUGUGUGUGAAGUUGGAGAUAAUCAGUAGUAUUACUACUACUUAUCUUCAUUUAUACAUCAACAAAAGAAAAAAAAUAUAAUGGAUGGAGAUCAUCAUCAUCCGCAUCAACACCACCAUCAUCACGAAUUCCACAACCACCACCGGCCAAAUUUCCCGUUCCAGUUAUUAGAAAAGAAGGAGGAAGAAGCGUGUUCGAGUUCAACCCCAUUUAACCCUUCUUUAGCCAUAUCUCCCUCGGGUGGUUCAGGCCCCGGCCCGUCUACUUCAGCUGGGCCUCCCCAGGCCCAGCCCCCUGUUGGAGGUGGGGAAUCGUCUUCGGGGCCGAACUCUAAAAAAGCGGCCCCGAAACGAACCUCCACCAAGGAUCGUCACACGAAAGUAGACGGGCGGGGCCGUAGAAUCCGGAUGCCAGCGCUUUGCGCUGCCCGGGUUUUUCAGCUUACGAGGGAGCUAGGGCAUAAAUCUGAUGGCGAAACAAUCGAAUGGCUUCUACAACAAGCUGAACCAGCUGUUAUUGCUGCUACUGGUACUGGUACUAUCCCCGCCAAUUUUACUUCUCUUAACAUUUCCCUCCGAAGUUCUGGGUCCUCUCUUUCCGUACCUUCGCAACUUCGAUCCUCAUCAUCUUACUUCAGCCCCAAUUUCACAACCGCGGCUUCGGCUUCUCGCCGUAACUUCUUUGCUGGCAUUGGUUUAUCUUCCGACACGUCACCCUCCUCCGCACUCCUCAAUUUUCAAACCGCUACUUUGAACUUAAAUCCGGGAUUGCUCCAAGCUAAGCAGGAAUGUACGACUACUACGAGUUCGAGCCAUCACCAUCCACAUCAUAACAACAACAACAACAACGCUGGUAGUCCAAGCAGUAAUAACAACAACAGUCAGAAUAAUAGUAAUAAUAAUAACAAUAAUCAGCUUGAUCUUUCGGAGGCGGCCGACGAAGGCGGGGGAGGUAGAAAGAGGAGGUUAGAAGGCGAAUACGGAGCGGCGGCAGCGGCUGGGGCAGGAGGGUAUGGUCAAAUACCGAAUUUUUGGAUGGUAACAAAUGGUGGUAAUCAAGGUGCCGCAGCAGCAGCAGCUGUAAUGAGUGGUGAUCCAAUAUGGACAAUUCCAUCAGUGAAUAAUAGUGCAGGGUUGUAUAGAGGGAGUGUUCCAAGUGGGUUACAUUUCAUGAAUUUUGCUACUCCUAUGGCACUAUUGCCUAGUCAACAACUGGGCCCCCAAAUGGGUUCGGGGGCCGGUAAUAAUAAUAACAGUGGUGGUGGUGGUGGUGGAAGUGGUCAUAAUAAUAUGAGUCCUGGUGAGCAGGCUCAUCAUCUGGGUCUGCUCACCGGACUUAACCCUUAUCGGAACGUACAAGGAGGAGGAGGGAUCUCCGACUCACAAGCGAGCGGGUCCCACUCCCAUCAUGGCGACGACCGACACGAUACAACCAGUCAUAGUCAUCAUUCUUGAGAAUUAAGGGACCAUACUAUUUUUUUUUUUUUUUUUGUGAUGAUAAACAGCUCUAAGUAUAUCAACAUUUUUAGUCACUACCACUUUAUUAUCACUACUACUCCAUUUCAAGCACCAUCGUAUCCAUACAACAACAACCAUCACCGGGAAGAAGAAGAAUUUGUGUAGCUAUUAAUUUGAUGUGUAGCACACGUGAGGUUUGAUUUUUGUUUAAUUUUUUUUUUUGAAAUUAAUUUGAGGUUUUGAUUUUUUAUUUUUUUUAAGUGUGAUUAAUAUGAUGAGAGGUUUAAUUAGGGUUUGAUAAGAAGGCACAAUAUUUUACAUUUGGCCUUUUAAUUUUUA